AUGACCGUCGUCAAUGACCCAAAGACUGAAAUCACCCAGGAGAAGCUCAAGCUUCUGCCGCAGGGAAACUACCUCCUCAGCUGCAUGACGACUCUGCGGAGCUCCGACAGCGACGUGGCAGCCUUCGCAGCCGCGUUUGACAGCGUGGCCAGCCAGCUCAUCGCCGCAGCUCUAGACAUGGUCCCUGCCGACCCGGUAGAGACCACGACGCCGACCGGCCGUGUCUACGGCGGCUGCAAACUCUCGCCGGACAUCUGCGGCGUCAGCAUCCUCCGAGCCGGGGCCAGCUUUGAGGGCGCGCUCAGGAGAGCUUACGGGAUCCGCGUGAGCUUUGGCAUGAUACUGAUCCAGCGCGACGAGUCAACCGCCCUCCCCGUCCUCGAGGACGCAGGCGUUCGGCAGGACAGCAUCAUCUUUGUCAACCUCGUCGCCUCUCGCCACGGCAUUUCCACCCUGCAGAGCCGGUUCCCGCGCCUGAAGAUGGUGACGGCGGCUAUCGAUGAUGAGCUGACGGAGAGUCGACAUAUCGCUCCCGGUCUUGGUGACUUUGGUGACAGAUUCUAUGGCACGAUCUGA